AUGGACUUCUGGAAAAGGGAAGACGCCGAGUGUGAGCUGGUGGGAGAGGCGAUGAGUCCCUUGGUCGGCAAUGGGAUCCUUGUAGGAUUCGUCGGCCAAGCAGCCCUAUCCCUCGGCCUCUCAGCAUGGGUAUUCUUCCUAACAACCCACGGCAACAUCGACAUCACACACCCAGAAGGCACUCCCAAGCGCGAGAUCGAACACAAACGGCUGGACUUCGUUUCGAAUAUCCUCAUGAUCGGAUCGGACAUCCAAACAACUCUCGGCAUAGCAUACAUGGUCACCGUGUUCAGCCAGGCCAUGAUCAUGGAUACAUACCACCUGCACGUCGUCUUCGACAUUGUCAGUUUCGUCGGGGUCUCCAACACAGCAGCCCUCGUCUGUUGGAGAUUCUGCCGUGCGAAGAUCGAAGGAUCAAACACGAAUACAAACUGGAGGUUCUAUUGGAAUGAUCGGUCUCGAGCUGCAUUCCUGUUCACAGCCUUGUAUAUCGCCCUUACUGUUCUCCUCUGUGUCCGCCUCCACGAAUGGGCUCCCGAUACAGCGCCUGGUCGGUGCUACUACACACAUCUCGUAACCAGCGUCACGGCCUCGCACCCUGGAGCUGAUGAGACGUACGUCGGGAUAACCGCCAGCUGGCUCGUCGUUGUCCUGAUAUUGAGUAUAUUCGGCGGUGUCAGCCGGAGACGCGGGAUCCUGAUUCUGUCCUAUCUCCAGUUCCCGCUGCAUCUGUACAUGACGCUUGCACUGAGGAUAGCGAACGAAGGUAGAUUCGAGGGAGAGAAGAAGCACGAGAAUGAGUGGGAUUUUGGGCAGACGACGGCGGUUGUUCUUCUUGGGAUUGCGGUUGUGGAGUUUCUGAAGAAGGGGAAGGAGUAUUAUGAUUUUGAGACGUAUGUCAUGAAGCAUGGAACAGUUCCGGACUCUGGGGGUCAUGAUGGAUCGCAGUCGUGGGAGCAGUCGAGGGAUGAGGAGGCGAAUGUCGACAGUUAUCUUCUGAAGAUGCGAUCUGGGGAUGAGCAGAGUCCUGAGGGGCAUCCAACGCUUGAGGGGCGUUAA